AGAGAGAGGUGCGGGUAGGCACAGUGACGCCACGCGGCGGAUGGUGAUUCCCAGUCACCGGCGUCAUGAGCAGAUGACAUCACCGGACCUUGCUCACGUGAGUCAGUCCCUCUCCCCGCCUCCACCUGCGGAGGCCGCGCGGCCAGGAAGGGCGGAGCUCGGCUGCCGCGGACAAUAGCCCGGCGGCGGGCUGCGAACUGCGGGUUGCGCUGAGCUCCAGGCGCCCCCUCCUGGCACAGCGCAAUCACCGCGGCGGCGCCCGCCCUGCCGGGAUUCUGCUCCAGCGCCUGCGGCGCUCAGCCCGCACCGCCCCCCUCAUCCCCAGAGCACGGGGCCAGGCUCCCCCCCCCCCCACCGCGUCCCGCGCCCUCGCCCCCUUGUGGUCGCCUCCCUGCGCGUCCCCUGCGAGCUAGAGCAGCGGCCCGCGGCGGAGCAGGAGCAGGAGCAGGAGCAGGAGCAGGAGCAGGAGCAGGAGCAGGAGCAGGAGCAGGAGCAGGAGCAGGAGCAGGAGCAGGAGCAGGAGCAGGAGCAGGAGCAGGAGCAGGAGCAGGAGCAGGAACCCGAGCAGGAGCAGGAGCACGAGCGGCGUGGAAGGUUCGGGCAGGCCCAUUCAUUCCCGGGGGGCGCCAGUAGCUGCUGGUGGUGGUUACAAUGUCUAAUAACGGGCUCGACAUUCAAGACAAACCACCGGCCCCUCCAAUGAGAAAUACCAGCACUAUGAUUGGAGCAGGUGGCAAAGAUGCUGGGACCCUGAACCAUGGCUCCAAACCUCUGCCUCCCAACCCAGAGGAGAAGAAAAAGAAGGACCGAUUUUACCGAUCCAUUUUACCUGGAGAUAAAACAAAUAAAAAGAAGGAGAAGGAACGGCCAGAAAUUUCUCUUCCUUCAGAUUUUGAGCACACAAUUCAUGUUGGCUUUGAUGCAGUCACAGGGGAGUUUACAGGGAUGCCAGAGCAGUGGGCUCGCCUGCUCCAGACAUCAAACAUCACUAAGUCAGAGCAGAAGAAAAACCCUCAGGCAGUACUGGAUGUGUUGGAAUUUUAUAACUCAAAGAAGACAUCCAAUAGCCAGAAAUACAUGAGCUUUACAGAUAAGUCAGCUGAGGACUACAAUUCUUCAAACACUUUGAAUGUGAAGGCAGUGUCUGAGACUCCAGCUGUGCCACCAGUGUCAGAAGAUGAAGAUGAUGAUGAUGAUGAUGCCACCCCACCUCCAGUGAUUGCUCCACGCCCAGAGCACACAAAAUCUGUGUACACCCGGUCUGUGAUAGAACCUCUUCCUGUCACUCCAACUCGGGACGUGGCUACAUCUCCCAUUUCACCCACUGAAAACACCACCACUCCACCAGAUGCUCUGACCCGGCCAGCCGAGAAGCAGAAAAAGAAGCCAAAAAUGUCUGAUGAGGAGAUCCUGGAAAAAUUGCGAAGCAUAGUGAGUGUGGGUGACCCUAAGAAGAAAUAUACACGUUUUGAGAAGAUUGGACAAGGUGCUUCAGGUACCGUGUACACUGCUAUGGAUGUGGCCACAGGACAGGAGGUUGCCAUCAAGCAGAUGAACCUUCAGCAGCAGCCGAAGAAAGAACUGAUUAUUAAUGAGAUCCUGGUCAUGAGGGAAAACAAAAACCCAAACAUUGUGAACUACCUGGACAGUUACCUCGUGGGAGAUGAGCUCUGGGUUGUCAUGGAAUACUUGGCUGGAGGAUCUUUAACAGACGUGGUGACAGAAACGUGUAUGGAUGAAGGCCAGAUUGCAGCUGUGUGCCGUGAGUGUCUGCAGGCUUUGGAAUUUCUACAUUCAAACCAGGUCAUCCACAGAGAUAUCAAGAGUGACAACAUCCUGCUGGGGAUGGAUGGCUCUGUCAAGCUAACUGAUUUUGGAUUCUGUGCCCAGAUCACCCCUGAGCAGAGCAAACGGAGCACCAUGGUGGGAACCCCAUACUGGAUGGCACCUGAGGUUGUGACACGGAAGGCCUAUGGUCCCAAGGUUGACAUCUGGUCCCUGGGCAUCAUGGCUAUUGAGAUGAUUGAAGGGGAGCCCCCAUACCUCAAUGAAAACCCUCUCAGAGCCUUGUACCUCAUUGCCACCAAUGGGACCCCAGAGCUUCAGAACCCAGAGAAGCUGUCAGCUAUCUUCCGAGACUUUCUGAACCGAUGUCUUGAAAUGGAUGUGGAGAAGAGAGGCUCAGCUAAAGAACUGCUGCAGCAUCAGUUCCUGAAGAUUGCCAAGCCCCUCUCCAGCCUCACUCCACUGAUUGCUGCAGCAAAGGAGGCAACAAAGAAUAAUCACUAAACCUGCACUCACCCCAGCCUCAAUGUGCCAAGCCUUCUGUAAAAUAUAUGCUCACUUCAGAAACUCCAGCCCCUGAUACCUUCUCUUCCUUGCCUUGCACCUCCCAUUUCCUGUUCAGUGCUGUCAAGGCUUUGAUUCUUGAAAACCAAGUGUCCAUCAUUGAAGAGAACUGCAAAUGGGAUGACUAGUCAGAUGACGGACAUUUCUAAAGAAGGAAUUGCCUCCCUGUGUGUGGAAGUGUGGGUGAUUUCUAGUCAAGCUUCUACAUAGCACCUAGCCUCUCUAGCCAGUCAGUUCUUGACUGUAUAAAUGUAUGGCUUUACAACAUUGUCAAUUUGUAAUCAUCCAUAUUUCUUUCAUGCUAGCUUUUCUGUGACUGAACUGUUCAAACACUCUUUUGUACUUGAAAAUUGGAACUGCUUGAAGAAUGCCAUAGGGUAUGAUCAUCUGCCAGGGACAUGAAAUGACUCAUCUUUCUGGACCAUAACUUUGGCACAGCUGAUUUUGCUAUGGAAGAGCUUCUGUGUUUUCCUUUGUGCUUCCAGCAGGUUUUUGGGAGGACCUGAAUCCAAUAGUGUUCCCAUGCUAUUUCUUGUGAAAUGGUUUUGGCUUUAUAGCAACUUUUAAUGCCCUACACCCCCUAGGCUGCUUCCCCUAUUCUGUCCUUUUGUUAGGGUGCAUGGUAGGUGAGAGAAGUGUUAGGAAAAACAAAACAAACAAACAAAAACCUUUUUAGCUGCUUUUAGAACAAAGCCAGGCAUCAGCACCUGUCCAGCUAUACCCAUGUACUGUUUUAAGAACUCAGCCUCUUGUUUCACUGAAGAUAAGGAGCAGAAAGAGUGACUUGGAUCUAUCUGUGACCUGAGUCUUUGGUUCAGAGGAAAAAUCUCCGAAUCUUGGACUAUGUAUUAACUUGGGAAGAAUUCAGCAACCUGAAAUAUGACUCUGCCAGCUACAAGGGGACCCAAGUUGGUGCAUGGCCAAGCUCUCUGCGAAUGGAAAUGCUUGCACUGAGUCUUGGGGGUGUCUCCUACCUCUUGCUAUCUUUGUGGUUUGGUCCUUCCACUAUGGUGGGGCCCCUGGCCAACAUUGUGGUUUGUCAUAUCAGCCCCUUUGGCUACCUUAUUGUGCUCUGAGGUCCCCUGCCUCUGAAGCACACAUUUUAUUUCCUGCAAUAAAAGGAGAUGAAAAGAUGA